AAAAUCCUGGCAGGCCAGCCUUUGGAAGCUGAAAUUGGAGGACUCGACAUAAUGAAUAACGAUCCGACGCAUGCCCGAGUGCUCUAUGCAUGCGUAUCGUCGGGCAGGCUUCAAGACUUCACGGAUGCAAUAGCGAACGCGAUGAGCGAUGCGGGAUUCGCGCUCCAAGAGAAGUCUGUGAAGCUACACAUGACACUUCUCAAUGUCAAAUAUGCGGAAGGAUCGAUCGAAACGAUGGAUGUCUCACGGCUGCUGGAAAAGUACGGGAAUUUUCAGUUCGGAAGAAUAACAAUACGUGAGGUAAGCUGA